CUUCUUUGUAUCUUUUCGGCAUUAUUCUGCCCCAAAAUGCAAGAAAAUGCGGUCCCGAUGGCGCUAGACCAAGCCGAGACUAUUUCGAACCUUCCAUUACUGUACAUCGAUAUCGUUCGUCAAUAGGAGACGAGGGAAUGUUACUGACAACACCUAGCGAUGUCAACUCAACCCAUAUCGUCAUACAUCGCGUAGACUGUGAUGGUGAACUAGAUUAUCACGACGAACAUGACCAAGAAGAACAUUACUACGAUGUGCCGCGUCUCCGUGCCAAUUCCAAUCGGACAACACCUUUGAGGGGUCUACAUCCUCUUUCAAGUCCUGAAUGGCUGCUCGAGGAUCACCCAAGCAUACCCUUUGUCGUACGCAACAUCUACGAUUGCGGUGGCUACCAUGAAAAAUUAAUGGAUCAGUUUGAACGCUUGUGGAUGCCACUCGGUAUGAGUGGGCACGUCAGUGCACAAGUCAGACCAUACUACUCCGUUCUCAUGAAAGAUGCGGCACCAGCCGAGAGGAAGCAACAAGUACUCGUUCCCUCGAAAGGGCUCACUAGAACGAUGACAGCAUUGAAGUCCUCUCACCCUACAAGUUUACACGAAUGGGAUACUGAGCAAAAUCUGACGUAUCCUUAUUUGCAACUGUGGCACUGCAAAGAUGAGCUCCAGGAUGCUUCAAAUAGGCUUGCUGAUUCAACGCAAAAGCUCCACCUCCAGGCGUUGCUGAACUACCUUGAAGUAUCUGCAGCUGCUGAAUGGCACGAAGCAGAACAGCUUUUCGCUCAAGGCCUGGUCAACAAGAAACACUGGGCAAAGCUUUACCGGCCCAACGACCUGAUCGUUACAAUGAGAGAUGACGAACCUUUGGCAUUUAUUGCGAAAGACUGUCGCAGUAUCGACGAAGACCAUGUAGCUCUUAAGUGCUGGUCGUGGGAUUUCGAUGGAGAAUUCUACUUGCGUGAAAUCUCGCCUACGGUCGAAUGGCCUUCCAAAUCUGAUAUCAUAAAAAUAUCGGAGCUUGCCUACUUCCCGUUGAGGUUCGACAACACAGGUCUGGAAAAGAGACUGAAGUAUCGAGGGGAGAUAUUUUGGUCGUGCCGCAAAAGGAAGUAUGUCAGCUACAGUGUCGCAUCUAACGAGACGAGUGAUCGAUCGGUAAGCUCGUUCGCCUUUCCACUUCGAGUUAAGAAUACACUAAUGUUCCCAGAACCAAACACGAUACAUGGUCGACACGAAGACAUAUAAGAUGCUGCAUGGGCCCGACGUCCCUGAAGGGACCCGCACAGACUUUGAUGCGGGCGCGAUGCUGAGCGAUGAUCCUCCCUCACAAGAACAAUACCCCCACUUCGUCCUCCUGCUGCCCUCAAAGAUCAAAGGUUUUGGCUUCCAUAACAAGAAGUGGAGUGGGUUAUUCGCAACUAUCCAUAACGCCCU